AUGGGUUUGCUCGCCAGUUUCCUGCUCGUAUACAUCCUUGGUGGUCUCACCUUCAUCCCGCUGGUCCUCUCGCUCCUGUUCCUCCAUGCCCACCUGACCCUCCACGCCCCGCCACCGCCAGCCGAGCAGGGAUGCGACCUGCUGGAAGACUCGAUCCGGCGUCCCACCGACGACCAGUAUAGUCUCAAAUCCGGUACCGACGAGUUGGCGGAGAAAUUCCAUCGCUCGCAUGAGCCGGAUGUUGCCGCAGGAUACUUUGCCGUCUGUCGUGAAUAUGUUCCUGGUGGAGUCAAUGGGAAGCCACCCGAGCGAACCACGCCGGCGGGUGAAGUGAUCGCCGCGGAGAGCCCCAGUGUCUAUCAAACCAUGUAUAGGAGUCUAUUCGACCGAAAGCAGACCCCAACCAUCGAGCCAUCUAAAGGAAAUGGCAAAAAUGGGAAGCGGGCUCGGAAUGUCUUUUAUAUCGUCCUCCGACAUGGCCACUUGAUGCUGUAUGAUGAUGAAAACCAGGUGGAGGUACGAUACGUAAUCUCUCUUGCUCACCAUGAUGUGAGGAUCUAUGGCGGAGAGGGUGAGAUCCAAGAGGGUGAGUUAUGGCUGAAGAGGAAUGCCAUCUCUCUCUCGCGACGACUGGAGUCUCUUGGAGAUCUCGGGGGGCCGACGCCCCCCUUUUUUCUGUUUUCCGAAAACCUGUCCGAGAAGGAGGAUUUCUAUUUCGCUAUGCUUCAGAACCAGGCUCGAAUGUGGAACUCACCGGAUAGCCCUCCCAAACACCAGCCAUUUGACGUGAAGGAUAUUGUUACCCUGGUCCAGCGCUUGCAUUCUUCCGAAGAGCAGCUGCAGACCCGAUGGAUCAAUGCCGUGCUGGGAAGAUUGUUUCUUGCCUUGUACAAGACACCUGAGAUGGAGGAAUUCGUCCGAAAGAAGAUCUCUAAAAAGAUAUCUCGGGUUAAUAAACCUAACUUCAUCAGCCGUAUUGGCUUGCAGAAGAUCGAUAUGGGCGACGGGGCCCCCUUUAUCAUCAAUCCACGACUGAAAGAUUUGACUGUUGACGGGAAUUGCUGCGUCGAGACCGAUGUGCAGUAUGCUGGUAACUUCCGUGUCGAGAUCUCGGCCACCGUGCGCAUUGACUUGGGCCCUCGCUUUAAAGCCCGCGAAGUAGACAUCGUUUUGGCUGUCGUGUUGAAAAGGCUUGAGGGCCACCUACUGAUACGGUUCAAACCUCCCCCAAGCAAUCGCGCUUGGCUCUCCUUCGAAACCAUGCCAAACAUGGUGAUGGAUAUUGAACCCAUUGUUAGCUCGAAACAGGUAACUUACGGGAUUAUUUUACGCACAAUAGAGAGCCGCAUUCGAGAGGUAGUCGCAGAGAGUAUUGUGCAGCCUUUCUGGGAUGACAUCCCCUUCUUGGAUACCUUGACCCAACAUUUCCGUGGAGGAAUCUGGCAACGGGACAUCCCCAAACCUGAAUCGAAGGCAGAUAUUCCAGAUGAGUCAGGUGGCCAGCCCCAGAAUGCGACCAGCGCCAAAGACGAUUUCAUUGACGUGUUGAAAUCGAAAGACGAGCGUACAAUGAGCGCGCCGGUGCUCACCGAACCUAUGCCUGAAUUGUUAAAAUCCCGAAGGGGCUCCAAGGAGUCAAUCCGAGAGAACGAGGGGAGUAAUAUGAGCAGUUUAUCCUCUGCCAUCGACAAGCCUGGCAGUUCACCGCCACGGGUGAUUCGAUCGCAAACCUUUUCCAACGCCGCUGACCCUGUGCUCACAGCGGACAAUGCGAAGAUUGACAAGGUGGCUUACGACGGCGGAGGCGAAGAGAAGAGUAGUGCGACUAGCGCCAUGAUUGAAAUAUCUAGCCGGUCUCCUCCUGGGUCCCCUUCAAAGGGUCCUAGUGGUUCGCCGCCGUCAGACAGCCUGGUCGGGUCAGAAGCAGUCUCGCAGAGCCGAGAUCCUUCCAUCGUGGAAUCCAUCGAGAGUGUUGGAGAGUUUAUAAAUGGCUCCCCCACGCGUCCUACUUCUGUUCACCAAGCGAGCGAGUCAUCCUUCAACCUUAAGAGUGCUAGUACGAAUUCUAGCACAUCGUUGAGCAGCAAUAAAUCCCGGAGACGUACUACACUUGAGAACCUAACGAAAACAAUCACGUCAACCAAUUCGGAUGCCAAGUCACCAGGAUCUAUUUCAAUCGGCACGGCGGCCUCCGUGGCUAAGAAAUGGGGGUGGAAUAUGUUUGGAAAAAGUGAGCAGAAUAACGGCCACGAAGCGCCUCGUCCUGCGGGCACCCCAGAUGAGCCCAUUGGACGUGGUCAUCCACUCCCUCCUCCUGGCACCCCGUUACCACCCCCCGAGAAGUUUGCUUUCAGAAGGAAUUCGGUUGUUCUUCCAAAAAGAAAACCAGUUCCACCAAAUGCACCUUCUGGACAGACUAAAGAUGAGCACAAGAGGCCGGUCCCGAAGCCGCCUCUACCACCCCGGCGGAAGCCACUAUUCGACUCGGAAGAGACGGGAGACUAUCCGGAUGAGUUGCUGGUGGUUGAAGCUCCUUACGAUUCAGGACCCAACAGUCCAGCCAUCGACAUGCCGCCUGAAGUUGACAUGCUCCAACCAAGUCAGAGAUCGGGUACUCCGCCCUCCGACAAGACGCCACCCAGCAAUCUCCGGGACAGUGCAAAAAGGCAGGAAACACCGGACCGCAGCACUCUAGGUCAUGGGAAGCAUGGAAUGGAGAUCUUAUCAGCAACGGAUGGAAUUAUUCCGUGA